UUAUUUUUGUAUUGUUUUAUUUGUUUUUUAUACAAAAUACGAUAUGGAAGAUUUCGAUGUGUUUACAGACGAAAUAGAGUUUACGAAACCGUUGUUUAAAAAUAUACUCAACAAGUAUGUUUACGAUGUACCUUCAUGUUUGAGUGGUUCUAAUUACCAAAGUGGUAGAAAGCUUUUAGCUGAAGAGUAUCUGGAAACAUGUGAUGAGGAAAAUUGUGCAUUCCACUUGAGCGAGUCAGUGUCAGCUUCACUCAGGAUCAUGGCUGUGUACCGAGAUGAGCAGUUGAAAGCUGCUGGUAAUAAACAUCAUAAGAUUACAAAUUUUAUUAAGCCUGUCCAAGCUUUGAUUGACUCCAGCCCAAUAUGUAAAGAAGAUGAGAAACUGUUUGACUUUUUAUCAAGGGAUGCAGCGGAGUUAACUAAAACGUUAGAAUCUAUAAAAAUCGAAGAGGACCCCUUGUAUAAGAGAUACAUGAAAUUCAGCUCGGACAAUAAUGUCGACAAUUUUCAUAAGAUAUUAGGAGAAUUGCCUAAAGAAUGGACUAUAGUACAGUUGACUGCACCAUACAAUCCCAAUGAGAACAUAAAACCAAUGAAUGAGUUUAGAACUGAGAUAUAUUCUAUAUAUUUAACCGUAUUCUCUAAUGAUUAUUUGAAUGGAAUUGGACCAUUUACAAUUAAUGUUCCUGCAAAUGUGAAUAAAGAAGGAGAGAAACCAUUAUUUACGGAACUAUAUUCUGUAUUGGACGAGAAUUAUGAUACUAUUGCGAACGCCCAGUUUUUAAACAAUAAGCGGUUGGUACAAAACUACUGGAGCAGAAGGGAGGACAUCGAUUUGAGGAUGAAGAGCCUAAUUAAUGUAAUGGAUAAGGAAUGGCUGGGUGGUUGGGGCAGUUUGUUGACCGGCAAGUUAAUAGACGGCGCCCUCAGGGACAGAAUUGUUAAGUUGGUUGAUACGACGAUAUCCGACUGGGGAUUUAUAAAGCUGACGGACAAACAAAAAGUACUGCUGUACAAUUUAAUAGAAAGUAGCCCAGUGCUGUCAUCAAAUCAAAUAAAAUCCUGUAUUAGGAAAAUAUUAACCGAACAUGGCAACACUGAAGACAUACGACGAGUUAUUGAGGAAAUCGACUGCCAAACAUGCACCAAAGAGUUUAGAUUUUUAAACGAAUUGUGUUUAAAAUGCUUGUCGAAAGCGUUCGAAACAAUCCAUCAUUUUACUUUAGUUGAUGGAAUAAGGGCAUUCUCACAAGCAGCUACGUCUGUGAAAGAGGGCGAUGAGUGGGCAACCCUGAAGAAAGCAGAAAGAUAUCCUGUUAUACUCAUUGUUGAUGAAAUCUUGGACUCGUUCCCAUGGGAGACUCUGCCUAUUUUGAACCACCAUCCAGUCUGCAGAAUGGAGAACAUUCACUUCGUUUAUAGUCUGUUUAAACAACACGAGAAACAAUUUGUCGAUGGAUAUUUCGAAGCCAGCGGUGGUGUGGGACGAUAUGUCAUUAACCCAGAUAAGAAUUUGGAGCGCAUGGAGAAACGGAUGUGCUCAUUCGUGAAGUAUUGGUGCGAAGGCUGGACUGGUCAUGUUGCUGAGCCACCGUCUCCUCAGGAUUAUUUGCGGCACUUAACAGAAGCUGAUAUUUUCUUGUACUGCGGGCAUGGGGAUGGCUGCCACCUGGCGAGCGGCGGCGGAGCCGGCAGCAGCGGCGGCGUGGAGGGAGUGCGGGCGCGCGCCGCCUGCGUGCUGGCCGGCUGCGGCUCCGUGCGGCUGACGCGCGCCGCGCCCCGCGCCCCGCCCGCCGCGCCGCACCACCGCCUGCACGUGGCCGCCAGCCCUAUGGUGAUUGGUAUGCUGUGGGAGGUGACGGAUCUGGAGGUGGACAAGAUGGUGAGCACACUGGUGGCGUUGUACGUACCAUCAGCAGUAACACCGGCCUGGCCCAGCGUCGGGAAGACCAAGUGGAGCCAGGGACAACUUGAUACUGAUGUAGAAGAGAAAAGCCAAUUUGUACCAGAACGUGAUCUUCUACGUGCGGUGGCCCGAGCCCGCGGCUCCACCAACUACGUAAUGAUAGCGAGUAGCAUGGUCGCUAGAGGGUUGCCGAUUCGAAUCUCAGACACAAAAUAAGGUACAUAAUUGCAGUUAACAAAUAUCUGUGAUUUUAGAUAUUAAAAAUGCUACUUAUAUGUAUAAUAAGACUUCAUUUAUAUGUAUAAUAUUUUAAGUUGUAAUUUUAUAUAUACGGCCAACUGAAAUGGACUGGGAAAUAUAAAUGAGAAUAAUU